CUGACACGGAGAAUCGUUGGAAAUAUUAAAUAGACCUAAAGUUUUUCUUGUAAAUAUAAAAUUAGUUAAUGGUAUUAAUUUGUUAUACUUUAGCAAUUGUGAGCGGAUAAAAUAAUUUAAUUCCCCUUGCAGUUUUGACUGGAAAUAAACAGAACCAUAAAUAAGAAUAUCAAUGAAAUUAAAAAGAAAAUUUACCAGUCAUGAAGGUAAAUUACAAACCUUGUUAUUUAUAGUUUGCAAAUGGUGUUUACAAAAUAAUGCUAUAAUACAUUUAUAGCAGAGAUACAGUAUAUUAGUGUGUCUAUGGAAAUGUUCUGGCCUAUUUCGUUUACACAUUUAUCAGAUAAUCUGGCAAAGAUGCUGUUAGACAUAUUGCAAAUAUAUAUAUUAUAGUCAAAUUGUUUUUUAUUAACUUGAUCGGUGUUGAUGUGGACCAAUGGAUAAAUUUGUGCUUUAUAUUUUUGUCUUUGGCUUGGGAGGAGUAGCUGAAUCCGGGAAAAACACCACUUCGUGGUUACAAUGUUAUCAAUGCGAUCCAACUACUCACUCAUCUUCGGCUUGUGCUAAACCUCUAAAGAAUGUAGGCCUUUUGAAUUGCUCCGUACCAAACGGUUACAAUUGGAGGAUCAGUUGUUUUUCAACAUUUCUAAACUACAGCAACGCAACUAAUCAGGGAUCUUCGUAUAAUAGAACAGGCAUACGCCGCGGCUGUUCGUUUUAUCCAUCUACUAAUGCAAACAACUCGUAUUGCAACAGCAACCCUGGUACGAACGUUUCGCGCGUAUCUUGUAAAGUUUGUGAGUCUUCAGCGUGUAACACGCAUAUCUUCAAUUCUAAAGGGAAUAUAACUGGGUCGGGAGGAGAUGGAAAUGGAGUGGAUGAAAGCAAAAAAGGCAUUGAUGCAGGAGGUGGUAGCGGUGGAGGAGAAACAGCUGGCGUCCCAUUUUCAAAAUGUUUAGUAGUUAUGGCUAUUUUAGUUUUGUCUUUUAAAACAUUUAACGACUUAUAGCUUCACUCUAAACGAUUUCCUUAUUUAUCAGGCAAACUUUCAGAAAUUAUUGAAUUAAAAUUAAACUAAACAUUUUAAACUUACCUGCUGAAUGGAAUCUGUGAAGCUUGCAGAUUGGAGGUGAAUUUUCUUUUUGUUGCAAUCUAAGAACAUAUUUCUACAACUCCUGCGCUUUUCGAGUUGCGAAUGAAAAUUAGAAAAUACUUUUAAUCUUUUCUGGCAGAUCUUGCACUAAAUUUUAAGUUUUACUCGACAACCUUAAAAACAGAAAGAAGUUGCAGUAUAUUUCUCCAUAUAUUUUUAGUUUUGCAUGAACCUUAAAACUCAUUAGGUUUCAAUCAUUUCCAAUGGACUUCUGAAAAUUUCACUUAAGAAACUUAAAAAAUUUGGUUUAAUUUCUAAAUUCUUAUAAUCCAUUAGUUGUAUCUUUUGCUUUUUAAAAUUUGGUCUAUCUCAGUUUCCCAUAAAAACCUGAAUCUAACAAUACACAAUAGUUUACACAACAAUACAAUACAUCAUCAUAGUUA